AUGCGUCUCUCUACUAUUCUCCUGGCCGCGGCCGCCAGAUCGGUCGUUUCUUGGGGCAAUGUCGGUCACCGUACCGUCGGAUAUCUCGCCGAGAAGUACCUAACUGAUGAAGCCGCCGCCAUCUACGGAGACCUGCUCGCCAACGAUCGCAACUAUGACUUCUCCGAUGCUGCGACUUGGGCCGAUACACUCAGAGGCCACAUGGGCUGGGCAAGCAAGUAUCACUACAUCAAUCCCCGCGACGACCCCCCUAGUAUGUGCGGCAUGAAGUACCCUCAAGACUGCCCAUCCAGUGGCUGCAUCAUCUCCGCCAUCACAAACUACACAUCUCAAAUACUCGAUACGAGCCUCCCACACAUUGACCGCAAGAACGCGACAAUGUUUGUAAUACACUUCCUGGGCGAUAUCCAUCAGCCCCUGCACGCCACAGGUCUCCUUCGCGGCGGCAACGACAUCCGGCCCGUCUGCUGGCGCCGCCAGCCCAAUCACGGUGUCUGCAACGGCCCAAUGAGCCUGCACUCCGUCUGGGAUACCCAGAUUCCGCACCGCAUCCGCGGUCUGCCGCCGCACCUGAGCAUUCCGCAGGAGAAGGUUGCCGCCGCCUCAUGGGCAGCUGACCUCUAUCAACGCCAAGAGCAGGCGGGUGUCAACGCAACGGACGGGCAGUGCAUUGAUCUCAAGACGGGUUCGUGUGCGUUGGGCUGGGCCACGGAGUCGAAUGCGUACGUCUGUUCGCACGUGCUGAAGAAGGGUCUGGCUUGGUUGAAGUCGAAUGACCUCAGCGAGGGGUACUUUGAUGAGAACUGGGAAGUCGUUGAUGAGGUGAUUGGGAAGGCGGGCGUGAGGCUGGGAGCGUGGCUGAACGCCAUUGCCGAGAGAUUAUCUGCUGAGAAGAAGGAGCCUGUGUUUGAGGAUCUUUGA